AUGGCGGGAACUGAUCGCCCUGAGAACGAGAAGCCAGUGUACGCCAUUAAAGGCCAAUGGCAAGCUCAUUUCGCUCGUUUCAUAGUCUAUCCAUCUUUACCUUCCACCUGUCCCUCCCUCGUACCUAAGAGCCGACGCGGUCGCGCGUCUAGUGGCAACUGGAUCGCCACUUCUUCUCCAGCCGCUUCUGUGCAGAUCAUCAUUGACCUUUCCAGCUCCGAAACCGUCCUCUCCAUUUGUCUGGGCGGGAAGAUCCUUGAAGAGCACUACAUUUCCAAGUUGCACUUCUCUUGGCCUCAGAUCCAAUGCAUCCCUGAAAUUCCUGCUAGGGGCAGCAGAGCUGUAUUUGUAAGCUACAAAGACUGUGCUGACCAGAUCCAGAAGUUUGCUUUGCAAUUUUCUACACAUCAUGAAUCAGAAUCAUUCAUGAAUGCUGUGAAGGUGGAGAUAGAGGAGUUCCAGGGUGACGCUGAAACUGAACCUUUAAACCCAGAUUUUGGAUCUGACUCUUCACCACAAUCAGAUUUCAUAUCUAGUAAUGGACUUCCUUCUAGAGCCAAUCAGGAGUCGAGUGAUUUGAAUCCUGAUGGUUCGUACACUCCACAAAUGUCUCCCGGCUUGAGCUAUGAAAUUAGACAGCAGUCAUUUGAUCAAGAUGAGAUACUUACUAACAAUGCGGAAGGCAUUCUUCCACCCUUGCCCCCCAGUUUCUCAUCAUUACUGACCAAUUGCUGUCCUACCGCUGAAAAAGCUGCUAAUCAACCAACAGUGUCUCAGGAAAUUGAUCUCAAAUCCCAAAUUGUGAGAUACAUGGAAGAUUCUUCCUUCCAAGAUAUGUUGACUAAAGUAGAGAAAAUUAUCAGUGAAGUUGGAGCUGACGUGCUGCUGUAA